CGUCAUAUUAAAGCGACGGCGUUGGCAGCUCCUUAAAGAAACAUCGCGUGCCAGUGGUUUCUGAAAGAGGGAAACUACAGAUCCACUAAAAUGUCUGUUUUUCAUGACGAAAUCGAAAUAGAAGAUUUUGAAUAUGACGAAGACACAGACACUUACUAUUACCCUUGUCCUUGUGGAGAUAAAUUUGCAAUUACAAAAGAAGAUUUGGAGAACGGUGAGGAAGUAGCGACGUGUCCCAGCUGUUCCCUUAUAGUUAAAGUCAUCUAUGACCAGGAAGACUUCAUGAGUGGGGAAGUUAUAGAAGCACCUACUACAGACAGGAGGCUGGAGCUGACCCAGAGUUGACGGCCUCGACUCAAUUAGGCCUCCACCUGUUUCCAUAUGAGACAAGAUUAACUUAUUCAUGGAUGUAUGCACGCAGAGGUGCCAGGUGACCUCUAGCUCAGGUGAUGGACAUGAUAUCACCACGUCGGUUGACAAGACAAACACAGGACUGCCAUUUUUGCACAACCUUCUUUUAAAUUCGUUUUUUGGAAGCUAUUUAUUUUUUUAUAGUAUAUAUAAAGCCCUCUGUACACCUUGAAAA